GAGCCUCGACUACAAAUAUCACGCGUUUUGAAAGUUUUGUAAGCUUCCAAUGAGAAGUAGGAGUCGAACAAAGGGCGGAAGUGAACCCGUGUAUUCAGUUUCCGGUCAAAGACUUAAUUCUUGUGAGGCGAGCAAAGCGUGUUGGAUUAAAAGGCUUACAUAUUCCAGUUCCUUGGACUCUUGGGGAUUUUUACAAGCAUUUGUUUUGGAAAAUACAUUAACAUUAGUGACAAUGUGAAGAAAGGGAAAUUUAAAGACCAGCGUUAAAGAAAUAUUUUAAGACGACAUCCUGUACUCUGAUUUUAGUCUGCUGGAAAGAGGACUGCAGGGAAGCUACUGGGAUUUCUGGGAAGAGCUUUCAUCUCUGUUCAUUUACACUUGAAUGAAAUGUCACCGUCUGGUUCUCAUGACACUAAACUCAGUCAAAAAUGGAUUGGUGCAAAAAAUGGCAAGGAGAGAAAUCACCUCUGCUCAAUGUGUGGGAAAAGUUUCACACGGAAAAGUACUCUCAAUGUACACAAACUGAUUCACACUGGAGAAAAACCUUAUCAGUGCACAGAGUGUGGGAAGAGUUUUAUACAACUAGCUGCUUUUAAAGGCCACCAGUGGGUUCACACAGGAGAGAAGCCACACCCGUGUACAGAGUGUGGGAAGAGUUUUUCAAAGCUGAAUCAUCUCAAAGUCCAUCAGCGCAUUCACACAGGAGAGAAGCCGUAUCAGUGCCCAGAGUGCGGGAUUAGUUUUACACAACAAGUGAAUUUAAAAUCCCACCAGCGCAUUCACACAGGAGAGAAGCCGUAUCAGUGCAAAGAAUGUGGGAAGAGUUUUACACAUCAUAGCUCUUUUAAAGCCCACCAGCACAUUCACACAGGAGAGAAGCCGUAUCAGUGCCCAGAUUGCGGGAGUAGUUUUUCACAUAAUAGUGCUUUUAUAAAACAUCAGCGCGUUCACACAGGAGAGAAGCCGUAUCAGUGCAUCGAGUGUGGGAAGAGUUUUGCACAACAAGGGACUGUUAAAAUCCACCAGCGCAUUCACACAGGAGAGAAGCCGUAUCAGUGCAUCGAGUGUGGGAAGAGUUUUACACAACAAGGGACUGUUAAAAUCCACCAGCGCAUUCACACAGGAGAGAAGCCGUAUUGGUGCUCAGAGUGUGGGAGGGGUUUUUCUGAACCGGGAAGUCUCAGAGUCCAUCAGCGCAUUCACACAGGAGAGAAGCCGUAUCAGUGCCAAGAGUGCGGGAUUAGUUUUACACAUAAUAGUGCUUUUAAAAAUCACCAGCGCAUUCACACAGGAGAGAAGCCGUAUCAGUGCAACGAGUGUGGGAAGAGUUUUACAGAAAUUAGUGCUUUUAAAACCCACCAGCGCAUUCACACAGGAGAGAAGCCGUAUCAGUGCACGGAGUGUGGGAAGAGUUUUUCACAGCUGAAUACUCUCAAAGUACAUCAGCGCAUUCACACAGGAGAGAAGCCGUAUUGGUGCUCAGAAUGUGGGAGGGUUUUUUCUCGAAAUUAUGCUCUUCAAAGGCAUCAACUCACUCAUGCAAGGAAAAAAAUUUGAAACAACAAACCAGUUUACAAAAACACCUGUGAAUUCAAUCAGGACUGAAGUGCUUCACAAAACAAACCACUCAGAACACACCAGCAAAUUCACACAGGAGAAAAAAGAGAACUAUUUCUCACUAUUUAGGACAAAGUAUGCGCUUUAGAAAUGUUUGAAAUUCGAAACAAUAUUGGAUAAUGUUUAUCCAAGGCCUCAAGUUCUGUUCUGAGCAAUUCUGGGUUUCUGUUUGUUUUUGAAAAUCUUUAGCUAGUAAAAUUACUGGUGUUUAAAAAAGAUAUUGUUAACAUGGUAAGAUUGUUUGUUUUUCUUUAAACACUGCAUACAAAGUGUAUAUAUUAAAUAAAAACUAAGACU